UGACCCAGUCAAAAUCAUAUGAUUUGUAGAGUUGUUUUGUUGUGUGACGCGGUAUUGACCCAUUGGAUGAAAUAGAAUUUCAACAAAUAAAUUAAUGAAAGAAAACCUCUCUUAGAUAUAAAGAUAGUAAGGCGAGUGAUCUCUUAUACAAGAGAUCAAGUUCCUUUGCAGAGAUGACCUCAUUAUAAUGGUAAAUCGGUUUUAGUAAUAGAUUAUUAUUAAUUUAAAUUAAAAAAAUGAGUGAGGAAGUUCAAGCGGGACUGGUGGGCCUCGUGAGCCAGGCCGUGGGCAUUUCAGAACCUGCUCUAAGGCUGGUUGUAGGUGUUCUUGCAGGAUAUCCUCUUGCUUUAAUCUACAGAAAAUUCCUAUACAAUCAAAAUGAGCAAAUACAGUGUCUUUACUUCUUCCUAUCCGGAUUAUCUCUUGGACUCUUUAACUAUGGAUAUGGCAUGUUCCACUGCUUAUUCGCCAUCUUAUUCACAUAUUUGUCUAUCGUGAUAUUACAAGCGACACCCCUGAUGGUAACAGUGGUGUUUGUAUUUAAUUUUAUUUAUUUAUUAACUGGUUACUAUUAUUCAAGUACAGACUCCUAUGAUAUAACAUGGACUAUGCCAUAUUGCAUAUUAGUUUUGAGGCUCAUAGGGGUGGCUUUUGAUGUUUGGGAUGGAUCCAGGCCAGUAAAUAAACUAUCUUCGGACUCUCAAAAGACUGCCCUAGCCCAACCUCCCACCUUAUUACAAAUGUUGGCGCAUAGUCUGUUUCCUUCAGCGUUUUUGGUGGGGCCUCAGUUUAGUAUGCGGAGAUUUUUGGAUUUUAUUAGUGGAAAGUUUCAUGGAAAAGGGUCCAAUGGGGAAAUUUUGGCGCCAGAUUCGGUUAGGGCUGCAAUAAUGAGGGGCGCCAUGGGAGUUAUUUAUAUGUCAGUGUUCCAACUCUUAGGACUGUGGGUUCAUGAUGAUUUAAUUAUUUCUGAUGAGUUUGCGAAACUCAGUUUUGUAAAACGCAUGUUCUGGUUGGGUGUCUUUGGCAGAUAUUCCUUAUAUAAGUACAUCUCAGUUUGGUUAUUAACUGAGGGAGCCUGUAUCCUUUUUGGCCUGUCUUAUAAUGAAGACAAAGAUGGUGAAACCAACUGGAAUGGCGUAGAAAAUAUAAAACUAACCACAUUUGAAAACGCUACCGAAUUUAACCAUUAUAUUAUCGCGUUUAAUGUCAAUACAAACCUUUGGGUGUCCCAGCAUAUCUAUAAAAGACUGAAAUUCUUGGGAAACAAAUACUAUUCGCAGGGAGGUGUAUUGUUAUUUUUGGCCAUAUGGCAUGGCCUUCAUAGCGGCUAUUAUUUUACAUUUUUACACGAAUUUAUUGUCAUAUAUAUGGAGAGAGAUUUACAAAGUAUUAUAAAAUCCAACCAGACUUUAAGGGAGAUUUUCUCAAAUCCCAUAGCAAAGAUUUUGCUUAUGGUGGUUCUUAGGAUAUAUACGUUUGUUGGCAUGGGAUGGUCAGUCUUGCCGUUUGUUUAUCUACAAUAUCCCAAAUACCUAAAGGCCUUCCACAACUGCAGCUACUCAGGUUUCAUUAUUUGGUAUCUCUGGCCAAUUAUCUACGCACCCCUGCUCAGAAUGGCGUUCAAAAAAACGAAAAGCGCAAAUGAGAUAAAAUAACGAACAUCAGACGUCACAAAAGCUUUCACAAACUGUAAAUUGUUACACAAAUUAGCAUAUAACGUUGUUAUGGUCGAGUAUACAUCCUGAUAAUAUGAUGUAGCGUUAGCAUUUUGUACUUAAUAUAUAGAUUUUAUUGUAUUUGUAUUAAUAGUUUUUGGAGAUUUAUUACGAAAGUAAAGUUUAAAUUGAAUAUUAAUUUAGGUAAACUUGCUUGUAUUGCUUUGCCUAUUAAAUUUAUGUUUGUAGUUUAUUUAACGAAGUGAAACGUCGCACAAAUAAACUUUUUUUUUAC